AUGAAGAGGGGUAGGUCAUAUUCAGAUAAUGAGUCUGAGGCUGAGUCUGAGACUGAGGUUCAGUCAGUCUCUGUGUCCAAUUACCAUCUUGUAGACGAUGAAGACAAUCCUGUGACUUUUGCUGUGUUGCCAAUUCAAUGGAGUGAUUCUGAGAACUCUGGUGCCUGCAAAGAGAAGGUGUUCCUAGACGGGGACGCUGAUAGCCGGCUGCGGAAGAUUUUCAUGCAAGUGACGGCGUGGAGAUUUGACCUUUCCAGUGAGAGACCCGAGGUAUUCUUGCUGGCAAAGGAUGGAAGGUGGAUCAAGCUUCAGAAGCCUAGGAAGGGUUUUCGGGAAACAAUAAGGUCCGUUUUCGUCACCCUUUACUUCCUCCAUGGUGUGAAGGGAAAACGUCAAAUGUCUGUAGGAUCUCUUUUGCAAGACUUGAGUCAGGAUAAGGAGUUGAGCUUUUACGGGUUUAAGCCUUCAAAAAAUGAUUUAUCGGACCACGUGCUUUUGAUUGGUGAAGCUUCCAAAAGGGAUGCUGACUUAGCUAAGUCCAAGCAGCUUUUGCUCAUGGUUUUGGAGAAACUGAACAGUCAGAAACUUCUUGAUGAGGAAGUUAAUGAUUUUGAACAGCCUGGACUUCCAGUUGUUGGCUAUGACAGUGAUAUGAUAGGCAAAGCUAAUGAAGAAUCCGAAGAAAUGGAUGCUUUGGAUGUUUGUGCACUUUGUGACAAUGGUGGUAAUGUUACAUGUUGCGAUGGCAUGUGUAUGAGAUCAUUUCAUGCUACUGAGGAGGCUGGUUUUGAAAAUAGCUGUGUUUCUCUUGGUUUUACCCAGAAGGAAGUUGAUGAGAUCCCGAACUUUUAUUGUAAGAAUUGUGAAUAUCGUCAGCACCAGUGCUUUGCUUGUGGCAAGCUGGGGUCUUCUGAUGAAGUUAACGGUGCUGAGGUUAUUAAAUGUGCUUCUGUGACCUGUGACCGUUUUUAUCAUCCACAUUGUGUUGCAAAAUUACUUCCCGAGGUUGUUAAGCAUGUCACAGAGGAAAUUGACAGAAAUAUAGCUGAUGGAAAUCCUUUUACUUGUCCUCUUCAUUAUUGUUGUGUCUGUAAAGGAUUGGAAAACAGUAUGGAUCCUGAGUUGCAGUUUGCUGUUUGUAGGCGUUGUCCAAAGGCGUAUCAUCGUAAAUGUUUGCCAAGAGAAAUUAUUGCUGACAACAAUGUUAUACAAAGGGCUUGGGAAGGUCUUCUACCAAAGAACCGCAUUCUUAUAUAUUGCUUAAAUCAUGAGAUUGAUCCUGAACUUGGCACUCCUACAAGAGAUCAUAUAAAAUUCCCUGAUACUACUGUUGUGCAGAAAAAGCCUUCAGCUAAAAGAAGGGUUAUUUUGAAGAAAAAUAUUGACAUAGAUAAAUCAUCUGGCAAAAGCAUUUCUAAUGGAUCUAAAUUGACCGGAAAACUGUCUUCUGACAAAGUUGGUGGCAAUAAGUCAUCUAAGAAGAGGAUUCAUGGUUCAAAUAGGUCAAGAAAGCCAAAAUCAAAAAAACCAUCAAGGUGUUUGACUGAAAAUAAGAUGUUAAUCUCGAUGAAUAUUGAAAUUGAUGACUCCCAGCAAAAAUUUAACCAGCUUACAGUUGGUGAGAAAUUGCAUGCGGAUGAGGGUUCGGAGCAAAUCGAGCUUGGCAAUCAGAUAAAUAAUGUGAAUAAUGAGUCGCUGUCAUUGGAUGCUGAUUCGGAAAAGAGAUUGUUGGGAUUGUUUAAGGAAGCUACUUCAUCCAUUACAUUGGACAGUGUCUUAGAAAAGCACAUAUUUGCUUCUACUCAUAGUCACAUUUUGAGAAAUGGUGCGGAGAAGACCAUUACAAUGGAGAAAUUGGAAGACUCAGUUAAUGCUGUUCAAUCAGCUUUAAGGAUGCUAGAGAGUGGAUGCAGUAUUCAGGAGGCAAAAGCUGUUUGUGAUCCUGAUGUUCUGAAACAGAUAUUUAAGUGGAAGGAUGAGCUGAAAAUAUAUCUUGCACCUGUUCUAAAUGGUAACCGCUAUACAUCAUAUGGUCAUGUGGAAAAGCUAGAAGGGGCAACUAGGGGAUUCUCUACAGUGAUAGUGGGUGAUGAUUCUUUUGGUGGGAUUGGUUUAAGUAGUAGUAUUGCUGAUAAACUUCAUUGGUAUGUUCAGAAUGGUGAUACGAUUGUGGACUUCAGCUGUGAAGCUAAUGAUUUUGGCAUCCCCAUGAAAAAAAGACUUGAGGAGACAGGGAAGAAAUGUUCAUACAGAAACUAUGAUUUUCUUCCAACAAAGAAUGAUCUUAGUUCUGAAAGGAGGGAUUGGAUGACUGUCCAACCAACCACCGAGUUACCCACAGGGUCGCAGUUGAUCAUCGGGCUCAGCCCUCCCUUUAGCAAUACGGCAGCAUUGGCUAACGAGUUUAUAGAUAAGGCUCUUGAGUUUAAACCAAAACUCCUAAUUCUUAUAUCACCACCAGAGAUAGAGAGGCAUGACCCUUUUUCCAUAGUGCUAAAUAAAAAACUCUCACUGUAUGAUCUUAUAUGGGAGGAUGAGAAUUUUCUAUUAGACACGGUUAGUCUCUCUGUUUCUACCUGCAUGGAGCAAAGGAAUAUAAGUCCGCCAAUUCUCUCCCUUUGGAGCCGCUCUGACUGGACUACCAAACACAAGGUCAUAGCCCGAGAGCAUGGUCAUGUGUGCCGUGAGAAUGUUCAUAACUCUGACACGGUGGCUGCUGCUGUUCAUGCUACCGGUGGAAAUUAUGCUGAUAAUUCAAAGUUAACUGAUGACCAAGAAGAUCAAGCAGCUGAAAGGGAUGGUCAGAAAAGAAGCUUACUUUAUGCUAAUGUUGACAAAGAGAAUCAAGGGGAACAGGAAUAUAGGAAAGGCAAGUCUGGCAAGUCACGAAGUAAGAGAAAACGUUUUGAGGAAAGUAAUAUAACACAAGUAGGUGUGAUCUCACCAGCCAAAAGGCAGGCUGUAAAUAAAAUGCCGAGUGCAGUAGCCGACCAGACUCAAUCCAAUCGAAUCAAUGGGAAAUCCUCAGCGCUAUCUGGUCACGAUCCUUCUCCUGGCCACCCGGGAAAUUGUAAUGAGCAAGUAAUUUCACGAACUGGGUCAUCUUGUAAGACGAAUACACCAGCGAUUGGACGAUCUGCACUUCCAGCAGGUAAAUUAAACCAUGUCAAGACAAGUUCUUUGGGUUCUGAACCUCGUACAUUCAUUAAAAGGGGCAGUUUUGGAGGUGGGUUGCAAGGAUUUGCUUCUUGUCCGAACUCCGGUUAUGCGAGCCAACAUUCAUGUGGUUGGCUCGAAGAGUAG